AUGUCCUGGUUUGAAUCUCUCUCUGAGUUAUUAGACAAUUCUUCUAUUCCUUGGAAAACAAUUGUAGUUGCAUUUUCCAUUGGUCAAUUCGCCUUUGAAAAUUAUCUAACUUAUCGCCAAUAUAAAGUCUUGUCUAAAAAGGAAUUACCUCCUGUUUUAGUCAAUGAAAUAGACAAAGAAACUUUUGAAAAAUCUGAAGAAUAUUCAAAAGCCAAGGCUAAGUUCUCAAUCGUCUCUGACAUUUUGGGUCUAGUGGAAAAGUUAGCCAUCAUUAAAUAUGAUGUCUUCCCACGUUUAUGGCAUAUGGGUAAUAAAUUGGCUACUAUAUUACCAUACAAAUAUAGAGUAGUCUCCACGGUUGCCCAAAGUCUUUGGUUCCUCUUAGUUCUAUCUAAUAUUUCUACAAUUACUGGCUUACCAUUAGCUUAUUAUCAACAUUUCAUUCUAGAAGAGAAAUUCGGUUUCAAUAAAUUGACUAUUAAAUUAUGGAUUAUGGAUAUGAUUAAAGGUAUUGUUCUUGGUACUGCUAUCGGGGGACCAAUCCUUUAUGCAUUUUUGAAGAUUUUUGAAAAAUUUGAAACUAACUUCAUUUGGUAUGUUUGUCUUUUCCUUUUGAUCGUUCAAAUAUUAGCUAUGACUUUAAUCCCAGUCUAUAUCAUGCCAUUAUUCAAUACAUUUACUCCAUUGGAAGAUGGUAAAUUGAAAGAAUCCAUUGAAAAUUUAGCUAAAUCUGUUGGCUUCCCAUUAGAUAAAAUUUUCGUCAUUGAUGGUUCUAAAAGAUCAUCUCAUUCAAAUGCUUAUUUUACUGGAUUACCAUUCACAAGUAAAAGAAUCGUUCUUUUCGACACUUUAGUGGAUAAUAAUUCUGUCGAAGAAAUUACUGCUGUAUUGGCUCAUGAAAUUGGACAUUGGCAAAAGAAUCAUAUUUUAAAUAUGUUAUUUUACAGUCAAAUUCAUACUUUGGCCAUUUUUUCAUUAUUCACAAGUGUUUACAGAAACUUAUCAUUCUAUAAUGCGUUUGGAUUCUUCAUUGCUGAUACACAAAUGGACAUUAACGUCCAUACUCCAACGAAAGUUUUCAUUGAUAGUUUCCCAAUCAUUAUUGGAUUCAUGUUCUUCAAUGAUUUAUUAACUCCGUUGGAAUGUGGUAUGCAAUUUAUGAUGAGUUUAAUUUCAAGAUUACAUGAAUAUCAAGCUGAUGCUUACGCUAAGGCACUAGGUUAUACUCAACAUUUAUGUCGUGCAUUGAUUGAGUUACAAAUUAAAAAUUUGUCCACAAUGAACGUUGAUACAUUAUAUUCAAGUUAUCAUUAUUCUCAUCCAACAUUGGCUGAAAGAUUGACUGCUUUAGGUUACGUAAGUGAGAAGAAGAAGGAAUAG